AGGGAAGGGAAGAGAAGAAAGCCGAGGCCAAAGCUAAUUAAAGCGACUGCGAUCCCUUCCCCCACCCACCCAAGUUCUUAAGGUGCGCAGCCUUCCUUCUCCUGGGAUCUCCUAUUGAGACCGCUGCUGUACUCUGCUAGCUGUUAUGGUUCCUUCGAUGGCCGAGGAGACGCUGGUGGUAGUGGAUUUGCCCUUCGUGUGAGAUCGUGCAGGUCUCUCUUAGUUGGGUGGGCAGGAGGGGACGGGACAUGGAAGGAGAGAAGGGUGAGGGAUUCAGCAUUGGAAUCGGAGCGAGAGGUGGUGGGUGCUGCCACUGGGUGAUCAUCAGCGGGUUCUACUGCUGGGACUGGGAGUUCUUGACGGCUCUCCUCCUCUUCUCGCGCCAAUACUAAUCAUCUUGUUUUCAUCCAGUUUUCUUCUUUUCCCUUUUUUUUUGUUCCUUUUCUUUUUGAAGAAAAAUUUAAAAGGAGGGGAGAAGGAGAUUUGUUAGAUUUUGUUUGUUUGUUUUAGUGAAGGGAUUAAGAAGGGGAGGGGAUGGCGGCACCAAAGGGUGGUCGACAGAAUAAUAAUAAUAAUAAUAGUAGUAAUAAUGGUGGGAAUGGUAGGAGUCUGGGAGGGCCGGCGCCGUUCUUGACGAAGACGCACCAGAUGGUCGAGGACAGGAGGACGGACGAAGUGAUAUCGUGGGGGGAGAACGGGAGGUCGUUCGUGGUGUGGAAGCCCGUGGAGUUCGCAAGGGAUCUCCUUCCGGUCCACUUCAAGCACAACAACUUCUCCAGCUUCGUCCGCCAGCUCAACACCUACGGCUUCCGCAAGGUGGUGCCGGACAGGUGGGAGUUCGCCAACGAGAACUUCCGGCGAGGGGAGCGAAGGCUUCUUUGUGACAUCCGCCGGAGAAAGGCUGCGCCGCCGCAGGCCCUGCCGGCCGGAAAAUCCAACGCCGGCCAUGGGAACCACCCUCCUCUACCUUCGUCAACUUCCAACUCCGGCGAAGUCCACAGCUCCUCCUCCACCUGCUCCCCUCCGCCGCCGCCGCCGCCGCCGCCGACGCUUCCAUCGCAACAGCUUCUGGACCUGACCAACGAGAACGAGAAGCUCAAGAAGGACAAUAAGAUGCUGAGCAGUGAGCUGGCACAGGCCAAGCAGCACUGCAAAGAGCUCCUUGGCUUCCUCUCGAAAUUUAUGGACGUCGGCGAGCUCAACAUUGCUCCUUUAAUGCAGGAAAAUGGACUGACGGAAGCAAGCAUAUGGAGAGAUGAAACAAAGAAGAAAAAAGACGUGGAAGAGGAGAUGGGAAAUAAAGAAGAGGGUCUGAAGCUUUUCGGUGUCUUGCUGAAGCGUUUUGAGGGAGAAGAGAGCAAGAAGCGCAGGAGGGAGAAGAGGGGGCGGUGUGACGAAGGAGGAGAGGGGUGUGGGGCUGGGGAGAAGCCCAUGAAGAUGGGCUUCGUGGCGCCGUGGAUGGGGACGUCGACGCCGGUGCAGAAGGGAAGCAGCAAGGUCUGCAACUGAACGGGAACAUUUUAGUUGAUUGGUAAUAAUUCUAUAUCUAGGCAUCUGAGUAACUUGGAAAUGACUGUAUAAUACUGUGUAGUUGUAGAGUAAUGGAAUAGAUGGUGGAGCUCAAGGAAUGCUCCAAUAUUUUCUUCCAAGUUAAUUAAAGGGAUGGAGUGUUUAAUGCAUGAGAUAGGGUGUGAAGUUGCACCACAUACCAGUGUUUAUCAGUUGGUUUAUUGCAUAUAUAAAACAAUGCUCGUUUUAUUGGGUGCUUGUGAGGAUAUCUUCCUAUGGCUUUUAUCCGAAUAAUUCCCCCUCUUCUUAUAUCUAGCUUGCAGCAUGGCCCGAGGCUGUUGUCAGAUUGAGAUCCCCGUCCGUUAUAUCUUGUACUGUAAUCUUACUGGGGCAUGUAACUGUUGGUGCUCAGGAAAGCGGACUUUGUCUGUUUGCAAGAAAUGAGAGACAUGUAAUGGGAAUUGGUCGAGGAUUUUUCUUUUUUCAAAAAA